AACAACAACAACUGCGGCCGCCCCCCACCCCCACGCCCCCGGCCCGGCCUGGGGACCCCGGCGUGCUCGGUCCCCUCUGCACAGCGCCCACGCACCUCCUUAAAGCCUUCCGCGGACACAAGUGCGGAGAAGCCGAGGAAGAGGAAAACCGCCUUAUUUAUUAUCAUUCACUGUUGGCAUGGCAACACAGUCCUAUGUUACUGAGCUACAGGCAGCCCCACAAGCAUCCCAGCCACCACAGGCCCCGCCCCAGGCCCUGCCCCAGCCACCACCCCCAGCAGCACCCCAGCCUCCUGCUGCAGCAACCCCCCAGCCCCAGUAUGUCACCGAGCUGCAAAGCCCCCAGCCCCAGACGCAACCUCCAGGCAGCCAGAAGCAGUAUGUGGCAGAGCUCCCGGCUGCUCCUGCACCCUCACAGCCUGCCACACCUGCCCCAUCCCCGGUGGCUCAGCAGUAUAUCGUGGUCACCGUCUCGGAAGGUGCCAUGCGGGCUAGUGAGACUGUGUCAGAAGCCAGCCCCAGUUCCACGGCAAGCCAGACCGGUGUCCCCACCCAAGUGGUACAGCAGGUGCAGGGCACCCAGCAGCGGCUGCUGGUCCAGGCAAGUGUGCAGGCCAAGCCAGGCCAUGUGUCACCCCUGCAGCUUACCAACAUCCAGGUGCCACAGCAGGCUCUCCCCACACAGCACUUGGUGGUGCAGAGCCCGGCGCCAGGCUCUAAGGGUGGCCAAGUUUCCUUGACGGUGCACAGCACGCAGCAGGUGCACUCUGCCCCUGAGAGGUCACCAGUGCAGGCCAACAACUCCACCAGCAAGACAGCUGGGACUCCUGCCGGCACUGUGCAGCAGCUACAGGUCCACAGUGUCCAGCAGAGUGUCCCUGUCACCCAAGAGAGGUCAGUAGUCCAGGCCACUCCACAGACCAAAGCUGGCCCAGUGCAGCAGCUGACUGUGCAGGGACUGCAGCCAGUUCACGUUGCUCAAGAGAGCUCAGGCAGUCAGUUUCCCGCUAGGAAGGCAGAGCAGCAAGAAACCCGGCCCACGCCGCCACCGGAGCCGCCGCCCCGGCCUCCCGGGCCCGGGCCAGCGUGCUGCGGCGAGGCCUUGCAGCUAGGCAGCGAGCAGCAGCCGCCCCAUUACGAGCCGGGUGUGGAGCAGUGGGUGGAGCUGGUGGGCGUGCUGCCCCCACACCUGCUCCUGCCGCAGCAGAGGGUGGUCUUCGAGCCACAGCCGGGGCUCUCGGCCCGAGCCAGCCCUGACCUGAGGGUCAGGAUCCACAGAAUGCCCCAGGUGCUAGUGUUCGGCACCGCCCUCAAAGUACAGCAACUCCCGCAGGUGCCUGUCCCACAUGUGUACUCCAGCCAGGUGCAGUACGUGGAAGGUGGCGACGCCAGCUACACAGCCAGCGCCAUCCGCUCUAGCACCUACCAGUACCCUGAGACGCCGAUCUAUACGCAGACAGCAGGCACCAGCUACUAUGAGGCUUCAGGCACGGCUGCCCAGGUCAGCACGCCCGCUACUUCCCAGACGGUGGCCAGCAGCGGCUCGGUGCCCAUGUACGUAUCCGGCAGCCCGAUUGUCGCCAGCUCAUCCAGCAGCGAGGCUGGGGCCAGCAACAGCAGUGUGGGUGCCGGGGGCAACGGGGGAGGUGGCAGCGGCGGCGGCGGUGGCGGCAGCAGCGGCGGCGGCAGUGGGGCAGGCACCUAUGUGAUCCAAGGCGGCUACAUGCUCGGCAACGCCAGCCAGUCUUACUCCCACACCACCCGUGCCUCGCCAGCCACAGUCCAGUGGCUCCUGGAUAAUUACGAGACCGCUGAGGGCGUGAGCCUGCCGCGGAGCACCCUCUACUGCCACUACCUGCUGCACUGCCAGGAACAGAAGCUGGAGCCGGUUAACGCUGCCUCCUUCGGCAAGCUCAUCCGCUCCGUAUUCAUGGGUCUGCGUACGCGCCGUCUGGGCACCAGGGGCAACUCUAAGUACCACUAUUACGGCCUGCGGAUCAAAGCCAGCUCACCCCUGCUGCGGCUGAUGGAGGACCAGCAGCACAUGGCCAUGCGAGGCCAACCGUUCUCCCAGAAACAGAGGCUCAAGCCCAUCCAGAAGAUGGAGGGCGUGGCCAACGGUGUUGCUGUGGGGCAGCAGAGCACAGGGCUGUCGGACAUCAGCGCUCAGGUGCAGCAGUACCAGCAGUUCCUGGAUGCCUCCAGGAGCCUCCCUGAUUUUGCUGAGCUGGACCUCCAGGGCAAAGUGCUGCCUGAGGGUGUCGGUCCUGGGGACAUCAAGGCCUUCCAGGUCCUGUACCGGGAGCACUGUGAGGCCAUUGUGGACGUCAUGGUAAAUCUCCAGUUUACACUGGUAGAAACGCUGUGGAAGACCUUCUGGAGAUAUAACCUUAGCCAGCCUAACGAGGCACCACCACUGGCCGUGCAUGAUGAGGCAGAGAAGCGGCUGCCCAGGGCCAGUCUGGUGCUCCUCUCCAAGUUCCAGCCUGUGCUUCAGUGGACCAAGCACUGUGACAAUGUGCUGUACCAGGGCCUGGUGGAGAUCCUUAUCCCUGAUGUUCUGCGGCCCAUCCCCAGUGCCUUGACCCAAGCAAUCCGGAACUUUGCCAAGAGCCUGGAGAGCUGGCUGACCCAUGCCAUGGUGAACAUCCCUGAGGAGAUGCUGCGGGUGAAGGUGGCAGCAGCCGGCGCCUUCGCACAGACGCUGCGGCGCUACACAUCGCUCAACCACUUGGCACAGGCAGCGCGCGCAGUGCUGCAGAACACUGCCCAGAUCAACCAGAUGCUAAGCGACCUCAAUCGAGUGGACUUCGCAAAUGUCCAGGAGCAGGCCUCGUGGGUGUGUCGCUGCGAGGACCGUGUGGUGCAGCGUCUGGAGCAGGACUUCAAGGUGACGCUGCAGCAGCAGAACUCACUGGAGCAGUGGGCAGCCUGGCUGGAUGGCGUUGUGAGCCAGGUGCUCAAGCCCUACCAGGGCAGUUCCGGCUUCCCCAAGGCGGCCAAGCUCUUCCUCCUCAAGUGGUCCUUCUACAGCUCCAUGGUAAUCCGGGACCUGACCCUGCGCAGUGCUGCCAGCUUUGGCUCCUUCCACCUCAUCCGGCUGCUCUAUGACGAGUACAUGUACUACCUGAUCGAGCACAGAGUGGCCCAGGCCAAGGGCGAGACCCCAAUCGCAGUCAUGGGAGAGUUUGCAAACCUGGCCACCUCACUGAAUCCCUUGGACCCUGACAAAGUCUGUCGCUGAGCUGGGCCUGGUCCCUGUGCCCCAGAUGAGGAAGAGGAGGAGGAAGAGGAGAGUGAGGACGAGCUGCCACAAGACAUCUCACUGGCUGCUGGCAGCGAGUCCCCCGCACUAGGCCCAGAAACUCUGGAACCACCAGCGAAACUGGCGCGGACUGACACUCGUGGCCUCUUUGUGCAGGCCCUGCCCUCCAGCUAAGCCUGAGACCUCCCUGCACCCCUCCACCCGCCCAACCUGCUGCUGCUGCCCCUCCAGGCCAGGGUCCGGUCCUUCAGUUUUUGUGGCUUCACUGUCACCCUUCCAGCACAUGCCAGAGCUGGAGAGGGUUCCCCUGAUAGGGAAGGCUAAGAGAGUCUCCCCUAUAUGGGGCUGGUACAAUCAUGGGCGGGGCUGGGCAGAACCGAAGCUGCAAACCCUGACACAAAAGAUGUGCCUUAAGGAACCUGCCCAGGUGUCCCUCCUUCCUGCCCCAGCUCACAGCCCGGUCCCCCACCACUACCACUCCAGAGGGCAGCAGGCCAGCUCCUCCCCUGCGGAACUGUUAACUUAUUCUGCUCUCUGGCUUUGCACAGCCUGCCUGAGUAGGCGCAGGUGGGUAGCACCUUGGGACCCCCGUCAGCAGCAGUACCCCGCUGCUCCCCUUUCUUGGUAUAAGUGCAAUUAAAGCUGUGGGUGUUGCACCUUCUCCAGAGCUGGGUUCUCCUGGCCCCGCAGCCCAGAGAGGGGCACAUUGUGAAGGGCCCCGGCCUCCAGCUUCCAAAGAGGAGCAUCUGGCUGGCUGCAGGGCCAGGUGCUCCAGACCCAAGGCCUCGCCCUGCGCCUUCCACCCCAUCAGCUUGUGACCGAAACCUGCUCCCAGAGAUGCUUCUCCUCCGUGCAGUGCCCCGACCCCCGUAACUAUUGUGUGAUUAGUGAGUGCCGCUUGAGCGGAGUCAGUAACUUGUUGGGUUUUUUUCCAACCAUCAUGGCCUUAUCCGUUCCCGUUUUCUCAGUGUCUUCAAUCUGUGAUAGAUGUUUAUGAAGAAAAAAAGAAAAUCUGGCCUAUUGUAUAGAAAUCACUAUUUUGUGUGCUCCGCGUGCUACAGCUUUUGGGGUGGUCCUGCACACUCCCCAUGGGCCUCCCUUCCCAGUGGUCAGAGUACCCACGCGCGUGGUAGUUUUAGUGUGCUGUUUUCUACCUUUUUUGUAGUCUUUCUUAAAACAAUAAAUACUGCUGUGAUCUUUGUCUA